AUGGGGAAGGCAAGCAAAUGGAUCAGAAACUUCCUAAUGAUGAUGGGGAAAAAGGAGGAAAGGGAUAAGAGAGAAGACAAAUCAUUCGAAAGUAUGGGAACCCCAACAACUCCAAAGGCGAAAAGGAGAUGGAGCUUCAAGAAAUCAUCAAGCAUGGAGAGAAACAGCCACAAGAGUAAUAGGUCUUUCGACUUAACUUUCAAUCACAAACUAAAAACACAAGGUUCAAUGCCGGAGUUUGACAUUCUGGAGAAACACCACAAAGCAAACCUAACAGCAAAAGGAGAAAUAGAACCAAAGACAUUCAUUACCAGACGAGUAAGGGAUGCAGCUGCCACCAAAAUCCAAGCUGUUUUCCGUUCUUACUUGGCUAGGAAAGCAUUGCGAGCCCUAAGAAGCCUAGUUAGAUUACAGGCACUGGUAAGGGGUCACCUAGUGAGGAAGCAGACAUCAGCAAUGGUCAGACGGGUUCACUCUCUUAUGAUCAUUCAACUAAGGGCUCGUGUUCAAAGAGUUCAGAUGGCCGAAGAAGCACAUACCCCAAACUCAAGAAAGAGUCAGAAAGUAUCAUCCGAGAACAAUCAGCUUACCAGAGUCUGCAGCAUUGAAAAGAUGGAUGUUAGCAUUCAAGAAAAGGGGAGAGUUCAGAAGAAAAAUAGCACGAAAAACAUAUCUUCGAGAAUGGAAAAUGGAUUGAGCACCUCUGAGCCUCAUCGCCUUUCAGUGCCAAGGAGUCAUCAAGCAGUCCAGACAUGUCCAAGUCCCACUACACUGAGUGACAUGAGCACAAUAAGUUAUGAAAGGCAUAUAGACGAUUUCUCCUUCAAGAUGCCAGAAAAAGGUUUGGAACAUUGCUCCAAUAUGUUAACAACCAUAUCUUCAAAAACCCCAUUUUCCAGUGCAUGCUUAGAGAACCCGAAGAACAUAUUGUCUAGUGCAACUUUAGCACUAACAUAUAUGUCCAAUACAGAAUCCUCAAGAGCAAAAGCUAGAUCACAAAGUGAACCGAGACAAAGACCCAACUGGACCAUUAAAAGAAAAAGCAAGCGCACACCAUCAACAGAUGGGAUAAUGGGCAUACCCAACGCUAGCGGGGAAGAAACACCUACCCACAGCAGGAGACACAAUGUCCCAGAAAGCCAUGAAGCCUGGUUACUCGAGCUCUACAAACAAGCAAAGUCCAUCAACCAUGUCAAGAUUGAUUCCGCCAGCUUAGUGUCUACCAUUUGA